AUGGCCGCGGGGGUGGCGGCGUGGUUGCCGCUGGCUCGUGCGGCAGCCGUGGGCUGGAUGCCCCUGGCCGGCGAGCCCAUGCCGGCGGUCCCUUCAGAAGGACGGCACGGGAAAGACGAAGUCCUCGUUCUCAACGUGAGCGGCAGUCGAUUCCAGACCUGGCGGAACACUCUGGAGCGCUACCCGGACACCCUUCUGGGAAGCUCCGAGAAGGACUUCUUCUUUCUGCAGGACAGCAACGAGUUCUUCUUCGAUCGCGACCCGGACUUGUUCCGACACAUCCUCAACUUUUACCGGACCGGGAACCUGCACUUUCCGCGGCAGGAGUGCAUCGCCGCCUUCGACGAGGAGCUCACCUUUUUCGGCAUCGUCCCGGAAGUGAUCGGGGACUGCUGCUACGAGGACUACAAGGACCGGCGGCGAGAGAACCAGGAGCGCCUCCAGGACGACGAGGAGACCGAUCCGGCCAACGAGCCGGUCCCGGCCCGUUCGAACCUGCGGGAGUCCAUGUGGCGAGCCUUCGAGAACCCGCACACGUCAACCAUGGCGCUGGUAUUUUAUUAUGUCACCGGGUUCUUCAUUGCCGUGUCGGUCUUCGCCAACGUUCUAGAGACGGUCCCUUGUGGGAGGAGGUUUGAACAAGCGAAGACCACGUCGUGCGGGGAGCGCUACGCCCUAGCCUUCUUCUGCCUGGACACGGCGUGCGUGCUGAUCUUCACAGUGGAGUAUGUCCUUCGUCUGGCGGCGGCACCCAGCCGUUUCAAGUUCGUCAAAAGCGUCAUGUCGCUCAUCGACGUGGUAGCCAUCAUGCCCUACUACAUCGGACUGGUCAUGCCCGAGAACGAGGACGUGAGCGGCGCCUUCGUCACGCUCAGGGUCUUCCGCGUCUUCCGGAUCUUCAAGUUCUCGCGCCACUCGGCCGGUCUUCGCAUCCUGGGCUACACGCUGCAGAGUUGCGCCUCCGAGUUGGGUUUCCUGCUCUUUUCGCUCACCAUGGCCAUCAUCAUCUUUGCCACCGUUAUGUUCUAUGCCGAGAAGAGUUCCAAGGGCUCCGCCUUCACCUCCAUCCCCGCUGCCUUCUGGUACACCAUCGUCACCAUGACCACACUCGGCUACGGCGACAUGGUUCCAAAAACCAUCACGGGUAAGAUCGUGGGCUCCAUCUGUUCGCUGAGCGGCGUGCUGGUCAUCGCUUUGCCCGUGCCCGUCAUCGUGUCCAACUUCAGCCGCAUCUACCACCAGAGCCAGCGCGCUGAGAAGAGGCGGGCGCAGAAGAAAAGCCGUCUGGCUAGAAUUCAAGCGGGAAAGGACGACGGAGCGAGCGCUUACUUGCGCUACAAACUCCUGGCCGACGCAGAGGUGCCGGCGUCAAAGGAGGCGGCGCAGGCGCUAGCAUUCAAGGCCAACCCCAAUGGCAACAUGGUGGAGCACCAUCAUCACCUGCUGCACUGCCUGGAGAAGACAACGGUGAGCUCGCUGGCAGGCUUUACUCAGGACUUCUUGACUAACCUCCACUUUGUAGACCAAGCUUCCAUGGAAUGGAGCUGUCCAGAGGAGCCCUUGUUGAAGCGGGCCCAAACUCAUUCAUCCUCAACCUCCUGCAUCUCUUCCUUGCACCAUACUUUGAAUUUCUGCUGCACCAAAAAGUCCAGCUUGGACCAGCCCGAGUCCAACACCGGCACCACUGAAUCCGCGCAAGGACCCUUCAGUCGCGCCAGUUUGAACGCCAAAUUGGAAGACACGCUCCCCGCCGUCCGUGGCUCCGCGUCGUCCGUCCCGGUGAACCUUUGCCGGACCCCCGAGAGCGUUCGCAUUUUGGAACUCUGA